CAAGGUAAUAUAAAGUUGGAGGCAGCAUCCAUGUUCACUGCCCCCUCUGACUUUGCUGUCCAAUCCUGGGGAUAUUGAUAUAAAAUGGACAAACUUCUCUUAGGCCUUUCUCUUCUCUGCUUCACAUGGACUGUGUCUGGGGGAUGGUGUAUAAACUGUCGAAAAAAAUCUGUGAAAAUCUAUGCUUCUCAGAAGCUGCUAUGUAGAAGUUGCGACUUUGUUCUUCCAAAAGGAGAUUGCAUUAAAGGACGUGGCACCUGUACUGCAAAAAUAAAUGAGACCUGUUCAACUGAGAAAGUCUUCUACAAUGGACUCAUUCAGUAUGGAAAGCUGAAGUGUAAAGAACAUUGUCAAGAAUCCAAAACGAUGUUAAAGAAAAAGAUGAUUUCAUCUGAGUGCUGUAUGGGUCGAAACUUCUGUAAUAAUAUCUAGAAGUUCUGACUUUCCUCCCCAGACACUAAUUUCUGGAGAACUAUGGCCUCAUCCUGAAGACUACAUUGGCAUUUGUCUCUCUGAAUUUUUGAUAACCCUCAACUAGAAGGUUGGUUUCUCCUACUCUUACUUCUAGAAUCCAUUGACGAGUCCCUUAUUUCUGCCCUUUUCCAUGCAUAAAAAAAUGACUUGAACAUAUUGCUAUGACAGAGGACAAUCUUCCUUGCAAUUGACUUUUUGAGACCAAGAUAUCUUUCCCUCCCAUUUUAUCAUUACCCUUCUUUCUCUCCCACUAUUUGACUUCUUUUUCUAUUAGUGCUAUAACAUGAUGGAAAGAGCCUUAACCUGAGUGGCCUGAAUUUAAAUCUUUCCUAUAACAUUUGCUCACUAUAGGACUUUGAGCAAGUCUCUGAACUUAGUUUCUUCAUCUUUGAAUAAUUCUAGAUUUGCUCACACUACUUCCCUCACAAGAUUAUUAUGAGAAUAAAAAGUUCUUUGUAACUCUAAAUUAUAAUGGAAAUGUGAAUUGUUAUUUUUAUUAUUUUAACCAUAACCUUAUUCUUUUCUUCUGUCCCUUCUUCCUGCCACUAAAAGGAAGGAUUCUGUGAUGUCCCAAAAGAAAAAGAUUUCCAUUAAAAAAAUAUGUGGAAGCCACUUAGUUUAUGUGUGCUACUUCUUAAAAAAAAAAAAAAAAAGUCUAAUCUUAUUGCUCUCCUAACAUUUACUACAGCGUUAAAUUUUUAAAAAGACUUUUGCAUCUUUGUCUUAAUCACCUCCCACCCCUUUUUGAGAAUAUAUAUUAACCUCAAAUCAUCUUGAAGAAAUUAGGUAUUUUAAAGUUCUAAUCAUAUAUAUUUAACUAUUAGCAAGGGGAUGUUCUGAUUUUUUUUCUUGCACAACAUGACAAAAGAAUUCCACUUAUUUAACCUAUGUCAGCUUGAUUGCUAUCUUGGUGAGGGUGGAGGUAAGGGAAGGAGGGAGAAAAAUGAAUGUUGGAAAUCAAUCUUUACAUGUAUUUGGAAAAAUAAAAUGCUGAAUGGGACUGAUUAGAUAAA